GCCGACCGGCAUUAAUUUCUUUUCUCAAACAUCCCACGUUUUUUGCGUCGAUAUCACCGUCUAUCACACAGCACCGUCAUGGACAGGAUUGUGACCUUUCUCUUCUUCCUCGGGAUUGUUCUGCUCGGUUACGUGCAGACGGACACACAGGUGACGAUCGACAAAGCCAAGCAGAUCGUGGCCAUCGCGCAACAGAUGCAGACGGACAUCCAGAGCAAAGGCAAAUCGUACCAGCAUAUGGCCGACAUCGUGGCGCAGGUGGCGCUCAUCGUCAACAACACCGACACCGACGGCCAACCAGCCGGCAACAAGGCCUCCAACCGCGCCAGCAACGGCCUGACCAUCGCCGGCGGCAUCGUCUCCGGCAUCGGUGGCGCCCUCUCCAGCUUCGGCAAGGCUUUCGGCGGCAGCUAGACCCAUCCAGCCGUCACCGGGAUCGGCAGCGACAUGAAUGACUUGAGAUAACGGAAACGCGGAACAGCGACCGCCAACCACUGCGCUGUAAUCUGAGUGACCUUUGUUUAACUGAAUUUUGAAAUAAUACGUGUAAUGUAUGUGGGUCUGCUGGACCAAUCGAAAUUUUGUCAGCUGAAUUUUUACGGGUCUAUGUCGACGGUUAUA